UUUUAUUCGUAUACUUUAUUUACUACGAAAGAUUAAUAACAGUAUGAUGAUGCUGAAUAUGAAGAACUAAAUUUAAACAAUAUAUAUAUAUACAUAAAUAUAUAUAAUUCAGUUACAGUACAUUCAGUACUUACUACGCAAUAAUGAGAGUUCAUGAUAAAUUUGACCUAACAAAACUUCAGUAACAAUUUAUUGAUCUAUGCGAGCCUUCUAUAUGCGAAAUGUGGAAAUGAUAAAAUUGACAAGUUUUUUCUUCUAAUUUUAUAUAAUUAAUACCUGCAAAAAUUAGUUAAGUUUGUGUAUACGACUCUUGUUUGUUUUAAUUGGAAAGUUAUUUCUACAAGUAGAAAAAAAUCGCAAAAUGAACAUUUUGCCAGGGACAGCAUCUCUUCUUGAAGAACUUGACAAAAAACUUAUGGUUCUUCUGAGAGAUGGCAGAACCUUAAUUGGAUAUCUCAGAAGCGUCGAUCAGUUUGCUAAUAUAGUACUUCAUCGUACAAUCGAAAGAAUUCAUGUUGGCCGGGAAUAUGGAGAUAUACAAAGAGGAAUUUUUAUUGUGAGAGGAGAAAAUGUAGUUCUUCUAGGAGAAAUAGACAGAGAAAAGCAAAGAGACUUGCCAUUGACUAAAGUAUCUGUAGAUGAUAUUUUGGAUGCGCAAAGACGAGAACAGGAAUUAAAACAAGAUCAGAAGCGGUUAAUAAAUAAAGCUUUAAAGGAGCGAGGUCUAUCAUACAUUCCAGACAUGAGUCACGAUGAUAUGUUUUGAUCCACACCUAUGUCUCUAAUUACCAUCACUUUGUCAUCAAUAUCUUUACACAGUUCUGAAAGUUAUGAUACCUGUUACACGUCGAUUUCUUUUUGAGGGUACGUAAUGAUGAUAGCUUGUGAAGUGUGAGUACAUUAUACUAUUAUAAAAACAGCAGUAUUUGGUGUAUAUAGCAUUAAAAUGAAACAUUGUUAUCAUGAAUAAUGAGAAUUUAUACAAUAUUACUCUUAUUAUAUUAAUGCUGUAUCUAAUGUGAAGAAUAUUCACAUUACAUUCUGUCAUAUUUUUCCGAUUCUACAAAUUUUCUGUUUUGUGGAACUAUUACAUUUAAAUAGAAAUCUAUUGUAAUUCAUGUAUGGUCUUUUUGUGAUCUAUAUCAAACUCCCAAAUAUACACAUUAAUGA